AUGGGAAAACCUGACAUACGAAAAGCCAUCAAACAACUCAACGAGCUUGGCCACGGUGGUAAGUAUCCAGGAAUUAGAAGGAAGCGCAUCUUGAAGACUUCUGCCAACCUUGAGAUCAUCAAAAAGCGAGUGAAGCAAAAUCUGAUGGUGUCCAUGAAGAAAAUUGCCCGGGAGACCGCACCAAGAGAACAGCGAAUCGACGAAUGGUUAUCAAUGUAA